CUACACUGUGUUCUAGUUGGAACUCUGCAUGUGGCUGCUGCUGUGCUGGGAGGAAGGCAGUCUUUUGCUGGCUAUAUAUGUAUAUUUGUAUGAAAAAAGUUCCUAAUAUAAAAGAUACUUCAGACCUCCUUAUGCUGUCUAUUGAUAUGGAAAACAAAGAAAAUGGAUCUUUCAACACUGAAAACUUGGUAGAGAAUGGAAGACCUCCUGAUCCUGCUGACUGGGCAGUUACAGAUGUGGUGAAUUAUUUUAGAACUGUGGGCUUUGAAGAACAAGCUAAUGCUUUUCAAGAGCAGGAAAUUGAUGGGAAGUCUUUACUGUUGAUGACAAGGAAUGAUGUGCUGACUGGACUUUCAUUAAAACUGGGACCUGCACUGAAGAUCUAUGAAUUUCACGUAAAGCCUCUACAGACACAGCAUCUCAAGAACAGCUCCCUAUAGCAGAUGGUCCCAUUUGGGCUUUAUUGUGUCUCCACUGUCCAUAAAAAAAGCAACUUGGUUUCAUGCUAAUGAAACUUUGUAAAAAGAAUAUAUGUGUAUAUAAAGAAUUUAAACCAAAAUGGCACUGAUAUAUAGAUAUAUAUUUGUAUAUAUCCUAUUGGAUAGCUUUAGCAAUAUGCCACAUUGUUAUUGUUAAACUAAUGAAGGGAGGGAAAAAAUUUGCUGUUGAGAUACUUGGCCAUCUAAAUUUUUUCAUCUGCUCUUUUGAGAUGGAAGAAAUAUAUUUAAAAUAACUUUCAUGAAAACUAGACAAAAAUAGACCUUUUAAUGCUGUAUAAAACAUGAAGACACUAUCCACUGUGAAGUUCUCCUGCACAAACUUUAUUGGAAAUAACUGACAACUGGACAAGACUGCAUUGGUAAUGUAGUGGAACUCCCAAUAUUUCAUUGGAACUUAUGCCAGAGAAUUGUCCAAUGGAUUGUACCAGUGAAAUCCUAAACAGAGUUACACCUUUCUAAGUCCAUUGACUUCAAUUGAUUUAGAGGGCUGUAACUCUGCUUAGGUUGCUCUAUAGUUUGUUGAGUGGAGGAUAGAUAAGCAAAAGUUGGUCCUGGUUUUGGAGCAUUUACUGGAAGUCUCAGCUCUUUUGUAACAUUAGCGAGAAUUUCUGAACUUGCCAAAAUCAUCCCUUUUUCAGAGGGCUCUUAUUUUUGACCUUAAGGUUUGUUCAUUGUAUAUUGUAAUGUGCAUACAAAUAACCUGAAACCUUUGAGAGCAGGGAAGGUUGCUUAGAGGUGGAACUCGGUCAUGUAAAUUCCCACUGUUGUUUCUAGUUUGUGCUUAUGUUCUUCAAAUUUUAAAGGUAGAGGUUUUAAAGAUUUGUGUUGCCUUGUAUGACAGUUUGUUUUAUUCGUGUUCUAAUUUAUGAUUUAUUUAAUUACAGUUUUGCUGGAAAAUUGUAAAAAAUGCAAAUCUCUUCAUAUUUUAAAUAGUGUUUUAUGGUACUGUGACAAACUUAUUUCACUAUGAAAAAGCUGUUUUAUGAGUUGGAUCUCUAUUUAAGGGUCCUCCAAUUAACUGGAGACAUUAUAUCAACAAAACUGUUUCUUGUGUUUUAAUUCAGUUUAGUUCUGAGUUUUCUUUUCUUAUGAAAGUUUGAUUCUUGUGGUUUAUAGCUGAAGGCCUUUCUCCAUUUAGUCCAAUAUUAAAGACAUGAGAAACACCUUAACAAGGUUGCCAGCUUUGUUCUAGCAGGACUCCUGUCCCUUUAAGAACUGUAGGAGUGAAGGUGAAGAUUUUUCUUUCAGCGUAGCUGCAGGCUGGGAGAAGUUUGCAUGUUGGAGAAUCACCUUUUAGGAUGUCUGUUAUUCAGGCUGUUUUUAAAAGCACAGGAGCUUUCCCACAAUAAAGGUGACAACCUGACCUUUUGAUACAUUCCAGAUUCCUCCAACCAAUUUGACCAGUGGAAUUCUGAGACUCUUCAAAGCAUUAGCAUUCAAAUUAUCUUAAUAGUGGACUGAAAAGGGCAUUGGACAAUCUUGUGGUGGUUACUAAUGUAUUUUGCUGUUGCUCACUGGUGAGCAAGAUUAAAAACGGUUGGUGCCAUUUUUGAGCCAACUUGCAUAGCCAUUUUUUUAUAAUAAAUUGAAAUAAAAACAUUCACUCUA